UUCGCUGGCACAGCUCAGUUGUUCGAGAAACUUUGCACGACAGAAAGCGAAUAUCGCACGCGGCAAAACAGCAAACGGAAUAAACAGAAUGACCCCUUACACGACGCGGCUCAGUGGCAGGCUGCUGGUGGCGGUGCUGCUAAUAUUGGCACUAACCACCGAGGAUGCGCAUGCCAAAUGGAAGUCCAGUGGCAGCAGAAGUCGCAGCAGUUCCAGUUCUAGCAGAAGGACCAGCUCACACAGCUACUCUGCGCCAUCGCAUUCAGUCCCAUCGCACCACGCAGCUCCUGCUCCACACCAUGAUAAUGUCAGGCUGAGCUACGGAGGUGGAUCCCACUCGCAGCCGGUGAGCAAGGUGAGCAGCUCCCAUACGCACAGUGCGGCUCCUUCGGCACCCGCUUCACCAAUUGGCUGGAAUGUCCCAGCGAAGCCCCAAGGACCUCCGCCGGCGUACUCACCCUCGAAUCCAGUGGGCGGAGCUCACACCAACAUACAUGAGCGGCCGCCAGCCUACAACCCGGCAUACAAGCCAGCUCCACCCAGUUAUUCGGCUGCCACCCAAACGCACAGCAACACGAAUCUCCAGAGCCCAUAUCGUCCAGUAGGAGCAGCCAGUCCCGGUGCCAGUUCCAGUUCAAGUGGUUCCCACUACUAUGGCGGAGCACACAACACAGCCUACAGAGGCCGCAAUAACUCCACUGGUGGAUUUGGUUCCUCCGGUGGAUAUCAGCCGAUAACGGCCACCAAUGCCCAUAAUGUGCAAUCUAGCUAUCCUCGCCAACAGUUGCCAGCAGGUGCCACCUACCAUCCGGCAGGUCAACUUCCAGCCGGAGCCACCUACCACCCAGCCGGGCAAAUUCCAGCCGGAGCCUCAUACCAUCCGGCAGGUCAUUUGCCGGCUGGAGCUUCAUACCAUCCAGCGGGUCAAGUGCCCCACGGAGCGACCUACUACCCCACGGGUCAGGUUCCAGCCGGUGCCAGCUACCAUCCGUCGGGUGGAUAUCCAGCAGGAGCAUCUUACCAUCCAGUCGGACAAGUGCCCCAUGGAGCCACUUACUAUCCUCAAGGGCCAGUCGGCGGAGGUCUGCCCGCAGGAGCCACCUUCCUGCCCGCUGGAGGAGCUUUGCCUGCAGGAGCUGUUUACUAUCCACAGGCGCCGCAGAAGUCCUCAUCAGGCUUGGGAUUGGGCACUGGUCUUAUUGCUGGAGCAUUGGGUGGUGCCAUUCUGGGUCACGCACUGACACCCACCCACACCCGUGUGGUGGAGAGUUCCAAUUCCUAUUCCGGCGGCGGUGGCGGUGGAGGCAGCCAUGGUGGUGACGACAAAAUCAUCAUUAUCAAUAACGGACCACCUGGAUCGGUGACCACCACAGAUGUGGGAUCGGGUACUACGGUGAUAAAUGCUGGAGGAAACCAAGCAGCCGCUUCUCCAGCAGUCCCAGUGCCACCUGUUUAUGCCGCUCCACCUGCUACUGGCUCUCAAGCUCUACCCGUUCCGCCAGCACCAGUUGCAGGAUCAGUUCCACUGGCGCCGCUAGGUCCAUCGCCACCUGCUCCCGCUGAUCCAGCGGCACCUGUAUCUGCUUCUGGAGCUCCUGUUGCACCCGGAUCUCCUGUGGCUCCUGGACCCGCAGUUGCACCCAAUCCGGCGGAUCCGAAUGCGCCAGUCCCUCCUGCACCUGCAGCCCCUGCUGAUCCCAAUGCACCACCUGGUGGUGGCAUCAUCUGUGUGCCCGUUAAGGUGCCCGGUCCGGAUCCCAAAGAUCCUACUAAGACUAUUGAGUUGGAUCAGAUCGCGUGCUAUCCAGCACCGCCACCGGAGACUGCUACUCCAGCCAAUGGAACGGCACCAGCAGUGGACAGUGCAGUACCCCCUCCCGCUUCCGCUCCCGGAUCCGUUCAACUGGCUCCCAUUCAGCCGACCACUCCUGUGGCCAUUCCCGAGGGAUCUGUGCCAUUGGCACCCAUAAUUCCCGGUGGUCAGCCGGAUAUUAUGAAGAUGCCGGGUCUGACACAGGCUCGACUUUCGGCGGAAUCUAUCGUCAAGGAUGCGCACAGUAUGGCAGAGCGAACGUUUGGACACUUCAGCCUUAUCUCCACGGUGGUAACCCUAAUCGUGGCCUACUGUCUCCACUAACGGCCCAUUGCCUCCACACAACCCUUAAGUGACUCAAGGACACAGUCUCAUUGGCAACCGUAAUUUAUUGCCAUUUUAUGUUACUCAAGAUUCUUAUGGAUAUGCAUAUAUGUCUAGCGCCGGUCAAACGGUUUUCCUUAUAUAUAUAUAUUGUAAAAAAUAAAAAACAAUCGAAUUUUUGAUAUAUACUCGUAGUUCUGUUAGACCUGAAAGUAAGCCACCAAUAAAUGUACCAAACAAUUAUAA